UGCCGGGUGACCCGUGCUGUCGACCGUGUGGCCAGAGCGCCCGGGCUCGCUGCGCGCUCGCCGCCCCCAUCAUGGCCUCCCGCGGCGCGGGCGCCCUACUGACCGAGUUCAACGCCGCCUACGUGCCCCCCGGCCUCAUGCCCGGGCCUCCUCUGGGGCUGAAGAAGAAGUGGCACCUUUUAAGGGUAUUCCCUGAUCCCCUGAGAACCUACCAGACAUCCCCGUUGGGGAAGAGGGUCUCCCCACAGGAACGGCAGAUGCGGGACUGCUACCUUGAGUGCAGAGCCCGAUGCCUGAGAGCCACGGCAUCACCAGCUCCCAGUGACCACGGGAGGUUGUGGCGGCACGGCAGCAGGACCAACAGCGGCAAGGGCAACUCCCCAGGUUACCUCAUUUCUCAGAAGCUCCAGUUUUGCUGA